GUUGAAGCCAGCUUGGCAGAAGCCCAGUUCGACAAAGAAGUGUCUCAAAAUGCCUCCAGGUUUGACUGGCAGAAUUUCAACAAUGCAACACUCAAGAGACUCUUUGAUAAGAUCACUGGCCUUGGAACCGCAGCUCAGACUGACCAGGCAAAACUGGAGGAGCUCAACAAUAUACUCUCCGAGAUGGACAACAUCUACUCCACUGGGAAGGCGUGUGAAUACGACAACCCGUCCAACUGUCUGGCGCUGAACCCAGAUUUAUACAACUGCCUGGCUGACUCUCGUGACUACGACCGGCUGCGGUUCUGCUGGGAAGGCUGGCGGGACGCCGUGGGCAGGCAGCUGAAGGACAAGUACCCUCGCUUCGUGGAACUCAGUAACGAUGCCGUCGGACAAGAUGCUCAGAGAUGGGAAGACACGGGAGCGUACUGGCGCUCCUGGUACGAGACGGCUGACUUCCAGGAACAACUGGAGAACCUGUACAACCAGCUCACGCCUCUGUACAACAACCUGCACGCUUACGUCAGGAAGAAGCUCAGGGCUACAUACGGACAAGACAAGAUCAGCGCCACUGGGCCCAUCCCUGCUCAUCUGCUAGGUAACAUGUGGUCUCAAUCCUGGAUCAACAUCUACGACCUAGUGGAGCCCUACCCUGGCAAGACGAGCCUGGAUGUGACACCGAAGAUGCAGGAAGAUGUGAGCAGAUCCCUUUCAUUUAUAUCCUACUGUUUGAAGCAACUAUUCUUUGCCGAGAAC